AUGUCUUCCUACCUUGUGACCGGUGCCAACCGCGGGCUGGGACUCGAACUUGUCUCCCAGCUCUCCAAGCUGCCUGAGGAUCAAGUUUCGACCAUCUUCGCAGCCACGAGAACUGCUGCUCCUCCCGAUACCUUGAAACAGCUCAUCAAUGGCUCCAACGGGAGGGUCGUGCACCUACCGAUGGUCAUCACGGAUAAGGACAGCAUCAAGACAGCGGCGUCUCAGGUCGACAAGGCUCUUGCCGGAAAGGGGCUCGACGUCCUCGUCAACAAUGCCGGCGUCUGCCCACUCUCCGUGAAGGGCAUCACGGCCAUGGAUAACCUGGAGUAUGCGUUCAAGGUAAAUGUGGAGGCUGUCCACGACAUCACGGCGGCGUUUCUGCCCCUCCUGCGCAAAGGGGGAAAGAAGCAGGUGUUGAAUGUUACGUCCACUCUCGGAUCCAUCGCAAUGGCUCCCCAGUUCGUGCACGCACCAUUCCCGUCCUACAAGAUAAGCAAAGCGGCGUUGAACAUGUUGACGGUGCAAUAUGCCUUGGAGCUGGGCAAAGAAGGCUUCACGUUCUUGAUGGUGUCCCCCGGUUGGUUGAAGACAGACCUGGGUGGGCAGGCCGCCGAUCUGCCGGUCGAGGUUGGAGCACGGGCUACCCUUGACAUCCUGUUCAAGAGCACGAAGGAGGACAAUGGGAAAUACAAGAACAUCCACGUUCCCGGCUGGGAGAAUGUGCAAGGGCCGAAUGUGUAUGAUGGCAGAGACGUCUCCUGGUGA